AUGACCCACACAGCUGUGGGUGACGGGUUGCCCCGUGAGGCGGAGGCUCGGCGCGGAACCUCGGCGGCGACGGGGCUCCCCGGAGCGCGUCGACAUCGAUUGAGAGUCGUCGCCCACUCCGCUGCAGCCGGCCAAGCAACGACCGCCAUCCACACUACGCUGCCAACCAACUCGAUACUAACCGCUCUUGGCAGCUUCACCCACCCUCAGUUUCCUGGAUUUAUCGAAAUUUCCCCUUCCCGUUGCAAAAAGUUGAUUUUUCUUAGCCGGUGGUCAUGGAUAAGUCGGACAUGCAACGUAGCGUCGAUUCGCUUCGCAGUCAACUCAACAUCGAACGAACACCGAUCAGUCAAAGUGCUACUGAACUUCGCCGCUACACUGAGACGCAAGAAGAUCCGUUGGUCAAUCCUAUCGAUAAGAAAGUGAAUCCUUGGGCCGAGAAAAGCAAGUGUUCUGUGUUAUAAAACCGUUGCUUUCAUAUCCUAUUUAAACCUACGCGAUUUACUGCUCCACCACACAAAUUUCUGGUCUGAAGUUGUCCGAAAAUUCCCCCACCGACUGCCUCAUUAGGUAUCAUGACACUGACAAUCGCUAGUUUAAUUAUGUGCUUCCCGCAUCUUAUUCACCGAUCGCAUCUCAUCUAAUAUCAUUAAUUAAUCAAUGUAUCAUCUAUGCUGUUCAUUGACCGAAGGCUAGCAGUCACACAAUUUUUCUUCAAGCUUUAAUAUUGUUCUUUGGUCUUCUAAUAAAUGAUUACUUAACGC